GUCCGUCGCUGCACCCAAAUAUUGCCGUGUAUCUGGACCUUCACCGACACGAUCAUCACAGGCAAUCAGAACUCGUCGUCGCCUGAGUCCCAUCGCGCGCGCGACAUCUCCCACGGACAAUCUUCCCACGCGUGCGCUUCGAAUCCUCACAUUCGCGCAUGCCCAGCGCAUAGCACCUCCUCCCGCCCACAACAUCUGACAACAUGACCGACCGCCUCCCCCCCAACCUCCUCGCCCUCUUCCAACCCCGCCCUCCCCUCCGCUACCUCCCACCCCACGACUACGCCCCCGAAGACCGCCGCACCCGCGCCAUCGACGGCGUCUCCGCCUUCCUCCCCGCUCUGGCCGAAAAAGUCGAGUCCUCCAAAAACGACCCCAUCUCCGAGUCCUGGCUCGAACGCCGCGACCGUCUCACGCGUGACAAAGCCGCCAAGCAAGCCUGGGUGACGGGCGAGGGCGUCAAAGAAUUGUACAAACCGACCGAGGAUGAGAAUAUCCGCGGCGAUGCUUUUCGCACGAUUUUCAUCGGACGGCUGCCGUAUACCUGUACGACGAAGGAUCUGGAACAUGAAUUUGGACGCUUUGGACCGAUUGAACGCGUGAGGAUUGUUACCGAUCGGAGUGAGAAGCCAAGUAAGAAGGGGACGAGUCGGGGUUAUGCGUUUGUGUUGUUUGAGAGUGAGAGGGAUAUGAAGGCCGCCUACAAAGAAUCCGAACGCCUCCUCAUCCGCAACCGCCCCGUUCUCGUCGACGUCGAACGCGGCCGAACAGUCACCGGCUGGCGACCCCGUCGUUUCGGCGGUGGCCUCGGCGGAAGACAUUACACCAAAGUCGUGAAGCCCAGCACUUUCGGCCCACCCGCUGGUCCCGGUUUCGGCGGUCCUCGCGGCGGUGGCUUCCGAGGGGGUUUCAACGAUCGCGGCGGAGGCUUCCGCGGUGGAAGAGGCGGCGGCGGAGGAGGCUUCCGCGGUGGAGGAGGAUAUGGAGGCCGCGGAGGCAUUGGGUAUCAGAAUGGUGCUCCCCCGGAUGGCGCGCCUGCUGGGCCGAGAGGUGGGGGUGGGGGAGGGUAUGGGGAGAGGAGGGGGUAUGGAGGUGGAGGGGGGUAUGGGGAUCGGGAUGGAGGGAGGAGUAAUGCGAAUUUCGAGCCGUUGCCGCCGAGGGGCGGUGGUGGGGGUGGGUACCGGGAUCGGGAGAGGGGUGGGGACCGCGAUCGCGAUCGGGACAGUUAUAAUCCGGGUCAGAAGAGGCCGCAUGAUGGUGGUGGUGGUGGGGGAGGUGGGCCAGAACGAGCAACGACCGACAUGCGCACGAGAGUCGCAGACAUCGCCGAAGCCAUGAGCCGUGGAUACCCUCGAAAUGUAAAAUUGCAAGAAACAAAAUCCUCACGAAGACUGAGAAUUCGAAGGCGAUUUGAGAGGAGGCUCCGUUUCUGUUUUGUUUACGAACUUCUGCGUUUGCUUUCGACUGUACCUUUGCGACCCGAGCAUGCGAUUCAAUCCGCUCUGCAGCUCUGGGAACUCGCUGCGUGCCGCAUGACUGUCGUUCCUUCGAUGCGGCAAGAGGGGUACCACGAUAUCCGGCGAAGGGAGGAGUCUCCACGCUUCGGCGGGUCCGCUGCGGUCUUCGAUGUGCUGUGCGUUCGAUUGGGUCGUUUGACUGUCGAGACCGCUCUGGCGUGUAGAAGGGUGAAGGCGUUGGAAAACAUGGCAGGCGAGUAUGGCGCUUUCGUGGUGCAUCUUCACGAGUACUUCGAUUCCAUCAAGAGGCAUUUCGAUGACAUUCAACGAGCGGUGCUCGACCCGGUCCACAGAUGGGCGCGGGAUCGAAUCCUCACCGGUACCAUUGCCUCCAGGAAUCUCUCAAUUUCAACCCCAACCGGGAAUGUCUCAAUUCCAAACCCAAUCGCUCGGUCUCGACAGCUUCGUGGCUUCCGCCUCCUCCGCCAAUACCCACAGACGCGAAGACUCCACGUUAUCAUCCCGGUCACAUCACCUACGACACACAACAACCGUUAG